AAAAACAUUGAAAAUGUUAUGAAUGGUUAUUUCAAAAACGUAGAAAAUUCAAAAUAAAUCAGAUUUAAUUUAGUAUUUAAUACUAUUUUAAUAACUUGUAUCGGAGUAUUAGGCUUUAUUGCCUGCAAUGCCAAUAAAAAUUUUGCGUUGUGGUUAAUAGUGCGCAAUGUAGUCUUACGUUGAUUAACCUUACAGAUCAAGAUUUAUUGACCAAACAAAUGAAGUUUUUGUGUAGUAACAAAAAUGGAUAAACCGCAACUGAUUGCUCAUUUAGAAAAAUCUGUAACAUAUACAAUAUUUGAUACAAAAUGGAUACCAUGUUCAGCAAAAUUUGUUGUUCUUGGGUCUACUCCUCGAGGGACAGGCAUGGUGCAAAUAUAUGAAAUAAAUGCAGGAAAACUGGAGUUACUGAAGGAGUUUGAGAAAAAAUGUAGUUUUAAAUGUGCAACUUUUGGGGCUUCAAAUUUACAUGACAGAAAUUUAGCUACAGGAGAUUUUAGUGGCCGACUUCAAAUAUGGGAUCUUGAAGAUACUAAUAUACCUGUGUAUUCUGAAGAAGCCCAUCAAGAUAUUAUAAAUUCCAUUGAUGGAGUAGGUGGAACUACAAUCAAUUGUGGUGCACCUGAACUGGUUACUGGGAGUCGAGAUGGUGCAGUUAAAGUUUGGGAUUUAAGGCAAAAAGGUGCACCAGUAGCCGUAAUGGAGCCUUCUAGAGAUGAUCUACGAAGAGAUUGUUGGUGUGUUGCAUUUGGGGACAGUUAUAAUCAGGAAGAUCGAUCUGUGUGUGCGGGAUAUGAUAAUGGAGAUAUUAAGAUGUUUGAUUUGCGCAGAAUGAAGGUUCGCUGGGAAACCAAUGUUCGUAAUGGAAUAUGUGGAUUAGAAUUUGACCGAAAAGAUAUUCCAAUGAAUAAACUGGUUUGUGGGACCUUAGAAGGUGGUUUACAUUGCUGGGAUUUAAGAACACAACAUCCUGAAAAGGGUUUUGCUUGUGUAACAGAAAAAGGAGCAGGUGGAGGCUAUGGAACAGGUGUACAUGGGAAUAAAUCAAGAGCUACAGUGUGGCUUGCUAAACAUUUACCUCAAAAUAGAGAAAUAUUUGCUAGCUGUGGGGGCUCUGGCAGCGUGAGGGUUUGGAAAUAUAAUUAUCCAGAUAAAAGGUCGAAGGAGGGGCCAAACGGAUUACCACAAGGUGUUGCAGGAAACUUAGAACUGAUUCAAAGUACAGUUGUCAGCACACAACCAGUAUGUGCAUUUGAUUGGAGUCCAGACAGAACUGGUUUAGCCAUAUGUGGUUCUUUUGAUCAAACAGUUAGAGUAAUAAUUGCCACAAAACUUAAUUUAUUAUAAAAACUUUGAAUUGUUGACAAAUAAUAGUCACGUACUGGCCACAUACAAGACCUUAGGUUAUAGCUCCUGCCGGAAUUAUACAAAUCAACAUCUGAGCUUUUCAUACAUUGUACAAAAUGAAAUA